AUGCAAUUUCACGCCCUGAUCCUCCUGUUCUCCGCGACUGGUGCGCUUGCCGCGCCGCGCAUCUUGGGCUGUCUUGCGGGCACGGGGAAAUGCUGUACCAAUGGACCUGAGGGUGAGGCAGUUACGGAAGCCCGCUUCGUAAGCGGCUGCAACGACAAUGGUGGCGGCGUCGGCCCAAAUGAGGUUUUCGGAGGCUGUUAG